UUUAUCCUGUGGAUGUUGUUAGGUUACAAAAUGUCAAAAUGGGAUGAUCGUAAGAAAAUUUAAGAAAUACUAUGUUAUUUUCAAAUAUAUACCCUCUAAUUGAGAAGCUGUCCAAGAAGAUGACAUGUGAAUCAGCAAAAUGUUACUCUACCGCAAUUUACACCACGAUUAUGGUGGUUUUAUCCUUACAAUUGCUUGGUACAAUUGAAAAGCAGGUGUUUGACUUCCUUGGGUACAUGUGGGCACCUAUCAUAGGAAAUUUUUUCCAGAUUAUCUGCACAAUACUUGGCAUUUUUGGAACAUAUCAGUAUAGGCCAAAAUUUAUAGCAGUGUAUUCAACUUGGAGUUUGAUAUGGCUUGGUUGGAACAUAUUUGUCAUUUGCCUUUAUUUGGAAGUAGGGGUGCUAAACAGGGAUCGGGAAAUGUACAUAUUGAGUAUUGGCACAAAGAGCAAAAGUUGGUGGUUAGAGCAUGGAAUAGGCUGUAAGGUCAGCAAUGAUUCGUGGGUAGAGGAUGUCUCAGCCAAUGCAGGCCGUAAAAUACCACCAGAGGAGUUUGUCGAGGGAUGUAUACUCGCAUAUUACUAUGUGGAAGUUAUUCAUGCAGGCGUGCAGUGUUUAUUGGCUCUGACUGGUUUUGUGUUCACACUAAUGGCUAUAUACAUCUACAGUGAGGAGCAGGAACCCUCUGCUACUAACGCCAAUGAUGAACUAGAAUUUGUAAAGAUGCAUACCCUUACGCGAGGACAAAAUGAUAACAGUUCAACACCAUCUCACAAUGCCGCCUCAAAUCCUGCGUACGAGGCAGACGCCCAGUCCACACAUACGCGUACCACACAUACUGAGUAUCAAAACGAUUACCCCACCUUAGAUAGACCACCUAGUUACGAGACGAGUAUGAGAAACACUAAACAAUCUAACGUGAAUCAUUAUUAUGGCUCUGAUAGACAGAGUGUUCGAAGUGCUAGAAGCACGCGUAGUGCACGAUCAAAAGCGAGCAUCAGAUCUAAAAGACGGCAAGAGGAACGUCAGGAACGUAGAGAAGAUUUACCUUGGGUUCAGAUCACCCCAUCUUCAAGUAAUCACCACACAGACUCUGCGCCGUACAGACAUUUCCCAUAGUUUUUGUUUACAGUAGAACUAUACUUUCAAUACAAUAGAACUAGUUGUUUAAUUUUAAGUUUUUCUGUUACUUGCAGUAUAUACAAGGAUAGAGAAGGUGUCUUUUUGUAGUUAUUAAGGAAUGUAAGAAUAUAAGAAAGACACCUCCAAAAUUCUGUAAAAUAUUUUUGAAAGAAAGUUUAUACAUUCCUUAGGAAAAUGGGUCAGUUAAUUCAAGGCAGAUUUAUUAAAAGUAGUGAAAUAGAUAGAAAAACAUUUAUCUAGGGUACUGCUGAUUUCGCAAUCAAUAUUUUAUGUAAAAUAGCAGGAAUUGAUACUUUCGUUACAUAAUACUAGAAUGAUAGAGAUUUUGAUAUUUGAUACAUGUAAGCUAUGUUUUUAAAGAAGAGAUCUGGAUUAACUAUGCUUGCAUUUUCAUUUCUGACAGUUAAUGAUGAUACUGUAAAAUCAUUUAAUUUCGUGGCCAUGAAAUUUGGUGGUUUUGGUAAUAACGGCAAUUUUGUGGGGAUAUGAAUUUGUGGAUUUCAUCUUUUGAACAUAAAAUGAAUGAGAAUUUUUACUUGUUCGUUGGGAUUAAAUUCCGUGGAUUGGUUCAACCACGAAAUCCACGAAAAUUAGUCCCCCACAAAUAUUGAUCAUUUCACAGUAUUGCCUAUUAAGUAAUUGUGCAUUUCUUGCAUUUGUUAGCAAUGUACUAGUUUGUAACAUCCCACAAAUAAAAAAGAAGAAAUCAUGAACCGACUGUACUAAUACUGCAAGUAACAGAAUUAUGUUUUGGAUAAUUUUUUAAUUUUCGUAAAAUUUUUACUUUCAAGUGUAAAUGGAUAUAAUACAAUAAUUAAAGGACAAUAUGUAUCAAAACAGCUUUUAAUAUUUAGUUGUAUAUGCUGGGGUUUUAUUAAGGACUGGGUGAAUUCCUCCUGCUAAGAUGGUCUGAAACCCACGCUACUUUGCCUGUAACAAGUAAAAUUCUACAUGGGAGAACCCCAGACCACCUCUCCUUUGCAACUUUCACCUACUUCAGUAAUUAAUGAAGCACCUGUUUAUGGGGGGUAUUUGGUAUUUUUGGUACCUGUAUAAUCUCUUGUAGACUUGUGUAUACAAGUUCACAUAAAGCUCAUGUUCCUGUGUGAUUGCAAGCCUUUAAUUGGUGUAUUUCCAUUGAUAUUUUGAUUUAGUUUGUACUAUAUCAUUAGUCUGUGUAAAGCUGUAGGAAGUCUGUAAGUCCCAUUUUUAAAACUAUGAGAUUUGAUUUCAUUAAAGAACAUGUUUUAAGUGUAUCAUCACUAUGACUUGUAUUUUUUCACAUAAUGUGAAGAAUUUUCAACUUUUCUGUCCUCAGACUGAAAUAUUUUAUGUACUACAUUAUACUGCAUUUCAUUUCUUUCUCUAGUAUGUUAGUGACUAAGUCUUAACAGUAGAUUCUUAUUGUUUUCUGAUUUUCAAACAAUUAUUGAAAACUUAAUAUUGGUUCUAGCAAAAAGGCUAUCUUAAGUUGGAUGAUUAAUAUUUCAUCAAUAUUACAUAAGGGUCAUGUUGACAGUAUAGAUGUAUUUAAUAGUAGGAAAAUGGUAUUAAAUGAAUGAAAAUCUAUUUAAUUUGUCAUAAUCUUAAAAAAGUAUUCAUGCCAAACUAUUGUUGGGAAGCCAAAAUCUUAUGAAUGCUGUGGUUGAAAAUGGAAUAUUUUACUCUCUCUGGAUAUUUAUUUUCAUUGCAUAUCAAAUUUAUUCAUAUGAGCCGUGCCAUGGGAAAACCAACAUAGUGGGUAUGCGACCAGCAUGGAUCCAGACCAGCCUGCGCAUCCGCGCAGUCUGGUCAGGAUCCAUGCUGUUCGCUAAUAGUUUCUCCAAUUCCAAUAGGCUUUAAAAGCGAACAACAUGGAGCCUGACCAGACUGCGCGGAUGCGCAGGCUGGUCUGGAUCCAUGCUGGUCGCAUACCCACUAUGUUGGUUUUGUCAUGGCACGGCUCAUAUGAUUAAUUCCAGUUGAAUUAUAUUGCCAUAGGUCACAGUGUGUGUGUGACCUGUGUUUCUUUGGUUCAUGUGUACUUUACGAGGGAGUCAUUUUGUAUACUAAAAUGAAUAUUGUAAUAUACCACAAUAAAAUACUGUGUUUUUAGCCUAUUAAAGUUGAACUUUUGAAAUGAUUGUCUCUCAUCUUUAGAAUAAGAAAAAUUAUUCCCAUACAAAAUCUGGUCAAUUUCUGCAUAACUUUAUUGAAUAAUUAUAGGCAAAGUUUUAUACCUAGAUGUCUAGUUAUUUUUGCAUUUUUCAUAUAAGGAGGAUAUAUAUAAAUCUCAGCAUUUGUAUCAUGUAAUAUUGGUUUUAACUCUUACAGGGGCAGCUCUUGAUAUUUGUUAGGUUUUUUUUGGUAAAUUUGGAAAGUGCUUUCUUUCAUGCAAAAGUAAAACUAUGAAAUACAAACAGAUAGAAGAACCACAUGUCAAACACCAAAAAAAGUUUAACUGUUUAUUUAUUUUGAAAAAUAACACUACAGUGAUUCAGAGUCAUUGCCAGUAUUCAUAAGCAUAAGUCUGGCAGUUGAAAUAUGUUAACUGAGAGGAAUUUAGAUUUAUGUCAAAAUUUUAUCAAUUUAGAAAAUGCUUCCAUCAGUUAGUAAUUACAAUAGAAAGACAUUUUAAAGUGAUUCUAUACAUUAAAUUAAGUUUUGAUAUGUAAAAAAAGAGGAAAUAUUUAGAAGACUGCCUAAGGCAUUAGUCUGACACAAAAUUUGAUAUCAAAUAGGAGGAAUUUACAUUUCAUUUAAAAUAUUGACUUAAACAUUACCGUUGCGAACUGAAGGUGCAUUUUGUUUAUUAACUUAAUUUCGAAAUUCUAACUCUAGAUUUUAGGUUGCUUACUCGAAAUUUUGAGUUACCUACUUCUUAUAUUAAGUCGACAGUUUGAGCGGGUAACUUGAAAUUUAGAUUUAGUCCCUUCCCUUGUUAUUGGCAAAAUUUGAGCCUCUAUCCAUCUUCCAAAGGUCCAAAAUAAUAGUAGGUGUUAAAGAGUAAAAAUAAAAUGGAUACAGCUAUGUUUGUCAUUUAGGAUAUCAACUGUCACUUUCAUCUGUUUAGAAAAAGUCUGAUGUUCAUCUCGAGACAUGUCCCUUUAAAGUUGUUCCAGCUAGGAAUGUUACAUGUUUGAUAAAAAACUUGUAUACUGAAAUGAGUUCUGUCUUUGUACUCUUGUCUAGUUUAUACCUGCAUGUUAUUGCUAAAAUGUUGGUCAUAGCUGGAUAUAUAAGGCAGUGUGUUGCUGAAUAUAGCAGAAUUUUAAUGUUCCUCAUUUUGAAACCAAAAUACAAUGCAAUAUGAAGAUCUCACUAUUAAAUUAUAUCACAGAACAUUAGCUUACAAAGUUCUGAAAUAUGUAACCAUGGUUACUGUCAUUCUGAUACAUAAAAAAUGACAUAAUAAAUUGUUGCCAUUUUAUACUUUGAUAUGCAGAUCUGCAGACAUGUCUGAUUUCAUUCUUUAUUUUAGUAAGCAUCUUAUAAUGCCAAAAUUCAGAAUAUUACAAGUUUCACAAAGUUUGGCCAUACACAUUCAUAAUGUACUUGUUUCAGAACCAAGUGAGAUAAACAAACAAGUUUAAGCAGACAUUUAUUACUAUAUGUAAAAAUGAACUACAUGCAAAGAAAAUUCUCAUGUUUCUAAUAUUAUGAUUUGGAAUAUUUAUUCAAGUUUUUGUACUUUUUUUAUUUUGACAAUGCAAGUAACAUUAUUCAUGUAUCUCAUAAAAUAGAAAAUAUCAUAGGGGAAACUUUGACAAAAAAUUGUUUUUAACAAUGUAUUAGGUGAACAUACUGUCUCCUUUUAGAAAGAGAUGUGUGUACAUGUAUAACAUAUUGUUUUGAAAGUAACAUGCACUGGUCUUAACACAAAGUUAAAAUCUUUUUUGUGUGUAUAUAAAACAUUCCUGUGAUGUUGUGAUUAUUUUUCUGUUCUUGCAGUAUUUUUUUGCUUUCAUUUUAUCUAAGUAUAUUAAUUAUUGAGUAAAUAUAGAUGUUUUUAACUUGGCAUCAUUUUUAUCGCUUACUUUAUAUUUUCGUAUUUAUGUAAAAAUUGAGCCGCACCAUGAGAAAACCAACAUAGUGCAUUUGCGACCAGCAUGGAUCCAGACCAGCCUGCGCAACCCUAUUGCAAUUAGAGAAACCAUUAGAGAACAGUAUGGAUCCUGACCAGACUGCGUGGAUGCACAGGUUGGUCUGGAUCCAUGCUGGUCGCAAUUGCACUAUGUUGGUUUUCUCAUGAUGCGGCUAAAUAAUUAGAGUUGUGGGUACUGAGUUCUCAGUUUUUACAUUUUUUUUUCCUAGAUUUAGUUUUUUUUUAAGAUUUGUGUUUGGCAAGUCUGUCUUUUUUCUAAUUUUAGAUUAGAGUAAGACUUUUUUCCAGAUGAAAUGGUGCCAUUUUAAAUGGAAAUUUCAAACAUGCAUUUAUUACAUGAUGUGGUAAUUGUAUUAUGGCAAAAGAAUGAAAAAAGUGACCACCUAGAGAAAGGCCUUUGAUUUCAGAUAAUAUUCUUAAAAGACAUCAAAUUAAUUGGUGCCGUAGAAUCACGUAGAUACGCAGAUUGAAGUUUUCUCCUUCAAACACUGAAUAUAUUUGAAGUUUUUUCUUCAAGAUCAACAUUGCAGCAAGUCAUGUUAUUAACUAUGUUCUGUUGACAUCUGUCUGUAUUAAAGAAAUAACAUUCAACAGAAUAGUGUUUUAACCUUAGACUGCUGGCAGCAAGUGAUUCUGCCUUUACGACCAAUACAGACCAAGAUCAGCCUGCAAAUCCAUUCAGUCAGUCAAUUUUCAGUAAACACCCCUUCUAAUGAUAAAUGGUAUUGCCCUAAUUGAAUGAUGGACCAGUCCAUUUUAGAAAUUUAGCAGGGUAAAGGUUAAUUACAGAUAUUAAUUAAAUGCAACAAGGAGGUUAUACAUGCAGCAAAAUAAUUUCAGGAAGGCUGUAAAAGUAUUAUUUUAAGUGGGGAAGGACCAGACAUUAAAAUGAAGAAAAACCCUUAUCCUUUUGGAACAUGUUGGUACAGUUUAAUUUGUACCAUUUGAAGUUUUGAUUAUGUAUAAUGCAUAUGGGCUAUCAUCAUUUCUCAAACUGCGAAAUCCGUCAGUUUUGUGGGUAUGAAAUUUUAAGGUUUUGGCACUAUGGUUAUUUCUCUAGGACAUGAGUUUGUGGAUCUCAGAAUUUUUAAGAUAAAAUAAACAGGAAUUUGCUUGUUCUUUGGGAUUUACUUUCAUGGAUUAAUGCAUCCAUGAUUAUUUAUAGGUUAAUAAAUGGGAGAGCGGUGCUUUGAGUGAUAAGGGCCCAGGCAAGGUGAUAAUAGCCUGAGGGCUCUUGUCUUCUUCUAGGGCCUUUAUCACUCAAAGGCACCACUCUCCCAUGUAUUUACGUGUUUAUUACAUGUUUACCUAUAAUAUAGUAAGAAAAGUUUAGUGUGCUGUUUUUAUGGUUAGAUCUACUAGCAUUUACUGGCAUAAUAAUUUUCAGUUUUUCAGUUUCUAUUCUAUUUCUGUUAUAUACAAUAUAAAAUCAGAUGCCUUUAUAGUUUUACUUUGUUGCUCAUAGUAUAAUUUGGGAUUGAAAAUAAAUUAUUUUUACGAAAAAGAAAUGCUCCAGAUAAUAAAACUAAAUCUGAACUAUUUGGUGUUUUGCCUCCAUGAAAUGUUGUGACGUCAUUUCUAUUUACGGAGGUUAAGUCCCCCCACUAACGUCAGGACCAUUAUCAAUAAUGGCCUCGGGACUAAUUUUGAUAAUGCAUGAUGCAGUGCGAUAACGGGAGCUUUUUCAGCACAGAUUUGUUACUAUUUAUAGGUACUCGUGUAAUAAUGAGAUGACAGUGAUGCAUUUUGCCAUGUGUUAUUCUUGUAUAUUACCAUUCAACAUAUGUAACAGUUGUCAUCUUUAAAAGCAUACUAUAUGAUUUCAUGUGUAAUGCUGUACUUGUAAUGUGCAAGUGUGACUAUUGUCUAGUUUUGUUAGAUUAUAUUUAAUUAUGUAAUAUUAGUCUGUUAUCAUGCGAUGAAUGAACAUACUGUACUGAUUAUGUGUAGAAAACAUGAUAAUUAUAUAAAUAGGCAUGCAUUCAGACUAAUUUCAUAUUUUUCAAAAUUUAAAGACAAGCUUUAUAUGGUAAUGUUAGUUAUUAUAAAUAAAAAGUGGAAGAGAGUUAAGCAAGCUUGUUCUAUAUUAAAAACUCUCAGUAUGAAAAAUAUGAAGCAAAAUGCUUGAUUUUUAAGUUGAAGGAAAUUGUCUAUUCUUAAGAAUCUAUCCUCUGAGAUAAUAUUUAUUUAGUGUUUCUUAUUUCAUGUAUGAUGCUUAUUGUUAAAAAAAUGAAUCUGGCCCUUUAAAUACAUGAAGCAUUGUCUGCUUAAUUUAAUAUAUUAAAUGCAUAAGUACUUCAAAAGCUGUCAGUACAAUUGGAGACUUUUCUGAAAGGGGUCAGAAAGUGUCUGCUUUUGCAGUAUUGUAUUCCAGCUAUUAGAAUUUUUAUUGUAUUUUUAAUAAUUUCAUGUAUAUAUUUACAUGAUAUUUCUUGUGUAUAAAAAAAAUCAUAUUUUUAUGAUGAUAAAUAAAUUUUGAAAUGUU